AUGAUCAAGGUAACGUCCACCGGGCGUACCACGCGGCCACAGUUGAAGUUCGACAGUGAAGAAAGGCAGGCGUCGAUGAUACCGUGCCGGCGAAGAUUAAAUGAGAUAUUUAAAUGUUUCGUGUGCCAGGAGACUUAUUUAUCGACUGCGUUCGCUCCCAUUACAAUUGAAUGUAGCAUCCUGUACUCGUUGAUGUCAAUUGUGGGCAAAAUGAAUCAUGACGAGACACUCGAAGGCUUCACACGCCGUAUGGACACCGAGGGAAACGUACACGAUACGCCCUGCCGCGUUCUCCCAAAAGUAAAAGUGAUCCGUCAAUACUCCGGGGAUUCAGGGAUAGCGGCUGAUGAAGAUUUCGUGGUGAACCCAAAUAACUGCCUCAACCUGGAUUCUGAGAGUGAUAUGUCCGAUGAAGAAAUCUUCCUGGAUUCGGUCGAAGACUGGUCCGAUCGCAAAAAUGCUCUCAUUCUGCGGACUCAACUUUCUGUUCGAGUGCAUGCUAUUAUUGAGAGGCUGCUACAUUCCCAAGGGCGAGAACUCCGCAGAGCACUUUUCACGCUUAAACUGAUUCUUCAAACUGACAAAGAUCUUGUCCAUGAAUUUGUCGCCUACAAAGGUUUGGAUUGCCUUAUGCAAGUUGCAAAUAUGGCGGACCAUAAUUAUCUUGAUUAUAUUCUAAGGGCUCUUGGACAGAUUCUUCUUUAUGUUGAUGGCAUGCACGGUGUAAUGACACAUAAAAGGUGCAUUCAAUGGCUGUAUUCCCUGAUAUCCAGUAAGUUUCGUCACGUCGUAAAAACAGCCCUAAAACUCCUUUUGGUCUUCGUCGAAUACACAGAACAGAAUUGUCUUCUCCUCAUCGAUGCAAUAAACGUUAUCGACAACACCCAUGGCAGACAACCUUGGUACAACGUUAUGAAAAUUCUUCAAGAUUUCGACGCUUCUGAUACUGAAUUACUAAUAUACGCAACCACAUUAAUAAACAGAUGCGUUAACACCGUACCCGACAGAGACACGUAUUAUGAUCAAAUUGAUGCCCUGCAGGAUCAGGGUAUGGAUGACAUAAUACAAUUAUAUAUGUCUAAACAAGGUACGGAUUUAGAUCUUCUCAGGCAACUACAAAUAUUUGAGGCAGUACUAUUAUACGAAGAUGGUGACGAAAGUGGAACUGCCCUUAAACAAUUGGAUGAUUCAAUAAUAACUUUAUUGAGGAGGAGAAGUCUUAAUUUAAAUACAUCUGAAAGGCGAAAAUCUAAAAAACGACAAAUGAAGGAAAAGGCCAAACCACCAGUCAUUCACCAUCAUACGGAGCCUGAUACUAAGCUAAGCAAUAAUUUACGUUCACCGUACCUACCAACGAUCAUUGAUAACACAGAGAACAAAGAACUAAGUUCGGCUUUAAAGAGAAGAAGAGACAGAUACGCGAGGCAGGCCCACCACAUAAUACAGCAGCAGGAGUUAAUGAAUAACUCCAGUGACAUUUACAAUGGACUCUUCGGUUACCAAACAACCGGUUUAGUCAACAGGGACUUUCUGAGUAGUAAUGCCAGUCCAACUGCUGAAGAUAAGCAAGUAAGAGUAGCUGAUAUGGCCGGUAUUGUAUUAAAAGCCAAAGAGGAGUUAGCCAAGUCCCAGUCAAAAGAAAUUGUGAAAAGUCCUAGUAUCGAAAAAAGCCCCAAAGUACAUGAAAUAAAAGCAUCAGAAAAUGAUUUGCAUUGGGAAGAAUUGAGAAAAGGCGGUCUAAAUAGAGAAUUCCAUCUUUGCGAUCUAGAUUUUUCAGAUUUGGUACAGGACUCUGAUGACGAUAUGACAUCUCCAACUAUGAGCGGAAUAAGUGGUCCUCCACCUCCACCCCCGAAUAUGUUCCCUCCUGUAGGAUUACCUCCUCCCUUACCUGGGUCAUUACCUCCAUUGACUAAAAAUAAUGUUCCACAUCCACCUAGAUCACUUUCAUUGGACCUAUCACAAGAUUGUGAUAAUGGUCCUAUUAAGAAAAACAAGAAGACUGUAAAACUAUUUUGGCGAGAAAUCCAAGAAAAUCCAGUUCCUAUUACAAUUAGGUCAAAAGUUGGAGGUUUUAUUUGGGACGAGCUCCCUCAAAUUACUUUAGAUACAGCGAUGUUAGAACACCUCUUCGAGUCAAGAACCAAUGAUUUAAUAAUUAAGAAACUAAUGGAACCAAAGAGAAAUCUUAUAUUAGAUACUAAACGCUCAAAUGCAAUUAAUAUAGCUAUGAAGAAGUUGCCAACACCUCAAACAAUUAAAGCGGCAAUUAUGAAAAUGGAUGCUACGGUUAUAGGAAGAGAAGGCAUAGAGAAACUUCUAACAAUGCUACCCACAGAAGACGAAAAAAUCAAGAUUCAAGAAGCGCAGUACGCGAACCCUGAUUUGCCGCUUGGAAGUGCUGAGCAGUUCCUACUUACUUUGGCUUCAAUUAAUGAAUUAUCGUCUAGACUUAAGCUUUGGGUCUUUAAACUGGACUUUGAUAAUUUAGAGAAAGAAAUUGCUGAACCGCUAAUGGACCUGAAGCAAGGAAUAGAACUGUUAAAAGUUAACAAAACCUUCAAAGUGAUUUUAUCGACACUAAGGUCUGUGGGGAGCUUUCUCAACGGAAGUCAAGUGAAAGGUUUUCGUUUGGAAUAUCUGUCCAAAGUGAUGGAGGUUAAAGACACAGUGCACAAACAUCCUUUGCUGUAUCAUAUCUGCGAAAUGAUCAUUGAGAAGUUCCCAGACAGCACAGACUUUUUCAGUGAGGUAGGGCCAGUGAUCAGGGCUUCCAAAGUGGACUUCGAUGUAUUGAACACGAAUCUACAGAAGUUGGAAGCAGACUGCAAGGCCUCCUGGGACCACAUGAAACGCGUUGCGAAACACGACAGCUCGCAAAUAUUCAAAACGAAAAUCAACGAGUUCUUGACAGACGCCGCUGAGAGGAUAAUACUUUUGGACGUGAUUAAGCAAAGGGUUAUGAACAGGUACAGUAAGUUCCUUCUGUUCCUCGGCGUUCCACCAGGUGACUUGCAGAAAACAAAGCCAUCGGUAUUUCUCAAGGUGAUAGCGGAGUUCGCGCUGGAAUAUCGCACCACGAGGGAGAGGGUACUGCAACAAUUGGAGAAACGCGCCAACCACCGAGAGAGGAACAAGACCAGGGGCAAAAUGAUCAUUGAUGUUGGUAACUACACCAACAAGAACGGUGAUCAUGUAGCAGACAGCGCACUGAAGGAGCUACUCAAAACCGACCCGGAAACUGACAGCCUAACCGAAGGCAGACGAAAGUCGCAACCAACCAACUACAGGAAGAACCUAAUCAACGGCGACUUGUCUGCGGACGACGAGAUAAUAGAGAGCCUAGUGCGAUCCGCGACUUCGAAAAGGAGACCGGCGCCACGUGAGAGAAGGAACAGGAUCUCCUCCGAUAAGAAAUAUUUCAACAGAACUCUAGACGGGCAUCAAUCUUGGCCAGGCCGAGAGAGUAGUCCCGGAGUCGACAGCAAACAUCCUGCA